CCCCUGUGGGCAGUGCACAUGCAUAGGAACAUCCUGUCCACCUGACAGCUGAAGUCAUACAAUCAACAAGUGCCUGGAGAUGGCUGUUUCAUAACAUGAUGUUCUUGAACACUGUGGAUAGGGUUUUUUUUCUGUAUUAACGAAACUCCCCAGUAGACUUAACCCUGGGUGAUACCAAAUGCAACACUCUAUACCAGAAGCUGGCAACAUUUUCUGGAAAUGGGCCAGAAUGGCCCAACUCAGGUGCAACUGAUGCUAGGACCCAGCCGCUGCCACUCUUCCCCACUACCUGAUCAUGGUGUGGCAUGAGUAAAAUUUGCUGUGGUGCAAAGCAGCAUGGACAAAGCCCCCUGCCACUGAAUGCCACCACAGCCCCCUGCCUCCAUUGGGCCAUAGGUUGCUGACCCCUAUACAACAAUUAAUAAAAGUCCUUCUCUAUUUUUAAUUAGGGAAAACAUAUUGCAACCCUCACUCACAAUAACUGUAUUUGAAUUCUUCUGUGCUUCUGAUAUGGGAGUUUGGCCACAAUGCAAACAAAGCUAGAAGAGUAGUUGAUGAUUUAUUCCCGGCUGUACCUGCACAGCUAUGUAUGCUUCUCACACCAGGAGAUAGAGGCAUUUUGAUGUAGUCUGUUUGAACAUUGUUCCCCCUUCCAGUGAAAAGAGCUAUCUUGGGGAGGGGAGUAGACACAGCCUAAGGAAGCAUGCUGUUGUGCUUUUGUGGGAGAUCAGCUGGAUGUUCCUACAGCUGGUGGUGAACGUGUUUACAUCCAGUAGAACAACCUCUGGCUGUGGUCUGAAGUGAAGUACAGGUGCUCUAAGCACCUGCUCCAAUACUUCACUUAAUCAUAGAAUGUGUUGAAAUCCCAGCUGUGACCCAAAAAUCACUCCAGGCAGUUGUUCAGAAUCAGUCUAACCACCAACACCCCCUGUCCUUCAUCCUUUUUAAAUUAAGAAUUAUGCUCAAAAUCCUGCAAAGGGAACAGAUUCCAGAAGUGGAGUCUUUAUGCAGAGAGGCUCCUCCCAUGACAUACUGGGUCUUUUAAAUUUAAGUUCUCACAGUGAGAACUUCCCAACUUAAUGGAGUUCAGAGCAGUGUAGUGAGAUGGGUACAUAACUUUGGUCUCAUAACCAAGUCUCAGAACUUUCAGAAUUUUAAAGAUUUUAAUUAAAGAUAUUGGUGACAAGCAGAUGUGAUUGGAAAGGUUUGAGCACAGGAGAGAUGUUCAUGCUGUAUUUCACUGCCCCAGGCAUUACCUCACAUUUGGCUGGUCUUUCAUACAGGCUAGGCUUGUUGGUUUGCUUUUAUGACGAUAUGGGAGAGAUGGAAGCCGCUGUGGCUCGGGUUUUACUUCACCAGAUGAUCAAAUGCAAUCACCUGAGAGGCUUCCAGGCCGAGGUUCACAAGCUCAAAGCUCAACUGCUGGACAUUGCCAUGCAAAACCAGACUUUGAAUGAUACCCUUGGGUCUCUGUCAGAUGCGGUGGUUGGGCUGACUUCAGGUCAGCUGGAAUCCUUGUCACCUGCAGCUGUGCAUAAUGCUAUUUCAACAUUAAACCAAGUCUCUGGAUGGGCUAAAGACCAAAUUAUGGUUUUAUCCAGCAAAUACCUCACUCACGAAAAGGUUUUAUCAUUCCAUAACAUAAGUCAGAUGGGUGCUUUGGUGACUGGAAUUAGCACCCAGUCAUUCUACAGCAUGAACCCAAAGGAACUCUCUCAGGUGAUUAGAGGCAUUUUAUCUCAGUAUGCAUCUGAUUUAUCACCUGCUCAACAACAUGGCAUUCUUAGUAAGAUGAUUGCACCUAGAGAUUUUCCUUCAUCAGUCACAGAUAUACAAGGAGCUUUUUUUAAAGAAGUAUCUCUUUCAGCUUUGUGGAAGGAAACAGAUUUUAACUCUUCAGUGAUGAAAGAAAAAGAAUUGAGGAGGAGCCAGGCCUUGUAUCUGUAUGAAUUAUUGUCUAAGAAAACAGCUCCUGCUGACCUUUUAAGUACAGGGCAGCUGGUGAAAGGAGUAACCUGCCAACAGAUUGAGAGGAUGAGCACAGACUCUUUUUUAAAUCACUUCAGGCUCUUUGAAAAGCAUCUUGAGUUGCUUUCUCCAUAUCAGGUUAAUUGUUUGGCUUGGAAAUUUUGGAAGGAUUCCAACACAUCUAUCCCCCCUUUCCUCUUAUCAGUUCUUCCGGCUCAGUAUUUGGAAUCAGUUUCGGGCUCUAUAUGUGUACCCUUCCUGAUAAGUCUGGGGAAGACUGAACUGGAUCUUCUAGUUCUAGACUCGCACAAAAAGAAUGCAGUCCUACAAAAAGUACAGGAGUGUUUGAAUGGCUCCAUUGAUGAUGAGUAUGAUGUUGAUGUGCUUGGCAAUCUCAUCUGCCACUUACCUCCGGCAGCUAUCCGUGGUGGAAUGUCCCUGCAGGCAAUGGCAGUAGCCCUUCACCGGUUCAAAUUCUGCCACCAGCUCAGCCAUGAGCAGAAGACAGAAAUCAAAUCCAGACUUAUUGAGCUGUAUGGCUCCCCAAGGAACUGGACAGCUGAAACAACACUGGAUAUCGGACCAUUCGUAGCUCUUUUGAGAAAAGAUGAAUUAAGUGUCCUUGCUGAAAAGUUUCCAGAUACCAUUCUGCAAAUAGCAAAGAUGGCUGGGCCAGCUCCUCUACCUGAAGAGUUCCUAUCUACUGUAUUUGAAACUGUUCACAACUCUACCAUCCUCACUGCAGCAUCUAACCACGGGACUGGUUGCGUAGGAAUCAGAGCUCCCUCUUCAGAUGAGAUUAUUAAGUUAGGAGAAGCAAAUGCCUUUUGGUCAGUUCAGGAACUGCAGUGCAUGGGCACAGACACUUUUAUCAAAAAUGUGGAACUCCUUGGGACUGUGUCAGUUUUCAACAAAUCCCAGCUUAUUGCUUUGAAGGAGAAAGCUAAGCAGGUUUGGGGCAUGUUGCCAGAUUGGAAGAAUUAUCAUAUUAUUUCCCUUGGGUGCAUUGCUCUUGCUCUCAACGAGAGUGAGAUACGAGAGUUGGAUUUGAACUCUAUUGAUACUGUUGCUGCACUUAGUCAACAAACAGAAUGGACUCCUGACCAGGCUACAUCUAUUUUACAAGGGUUUCUGGAAGACUCUAGUCAGACAGUCUAUGAGUUGAAAAGCUUUCAUUUAGCAGGAUUAGGAGCUAAUCUUUGUGCCCUGAAUACUACAGACAUCAAGUCCAUCAGGAUUACAGAAUUCAGUGCUGUUGUUUCCAGAGUUGGUAUGUUGACAUGCAGUACUCCCCUUCUGCAAGAGUUUAAGAAGAUGGCAGAAUCUGUGUUUGGAAUUGCCACAGGAUGGAACAGCUCUGUGAUGCAUGAAAUUGGGACCAUAGCAGGUGGCUUGCAUGAAGAGGAAUUAAAAGCUCUUGAUAAAGACCUUAUGCCAUACUUCCAGCCAGCAGCAAUAAGACAUAUACCUGCUGAAAUUUUCAAAGCACUCUCCCCAGAACAAAUAGCAAACCUUGGCCCUGAGAAUGCAGCCAUGGUUACCAAAUUGCAGAGCCAGUCUCUCAAUGCAUUGCAGCUUCAGAGUCUUCAGCUGGCACUAGAUGGCGCCAGGACCAGCAUCCAAGAUGCACAAGACGGUGCAGGCACCACUCAGUCAAUGCGUACCCCAGCCUCAAGCUGUGCUGAUGGCUUCUCUGCUGGCUGCAGUAUUUGGUUGUGUGCUUUGUUUAUCCUUCAUCCCACUUUCUGAAUCAGUGGCUGUCAAGUUUGCUUGGUGUCUGGAUUUCCUGUGAGUUGAUAGAACAACUUGUUUAGAAACUCAAUCAAGCUACCCAAAUCCAGCAGAGAGAGCUCCAGCUCAACAAAAAUUAUGGUGCUGAAAGUCUCUGUGAUGUUUCAGUGCAAGAGUGGUUAGCUCCUUAAAAGCAGCUAGUUAUUCUGGCAACAUGAUAUGAAGGAUAGAAUCAUAGAGAGGUAGGGCUGGAAGGGACCUCUAGAGGUCAUCUAGUCUAACCCCCUGGUCAAGGCAGGAU